UAGAACGCUUCUGCAAACACAGAUCGAGUACAAAUGUGGCAGGCUUCUUAUCUAUUUCACUUCUAGGAACGCCACGAUCAGGGGGUACCGCAGGUCUGCGAGUCAGGCUAUUCGGGUUGCAGCUUUGAGUCUGCUGUCCUUUAUGGCGGAAUUCUCCACGAGUUUUGAGCAGCCUCGGUUUUCCCACCACCUCCAAAUCAUGCAAGACACAGGGUAAGAGCAGACAAGGUGGCUGUGGCCGAUGUCCACCCUCUCGGGGCGUCCCUUCUCUUCCCUCCUCUUGAGGCAGGGAGACCAUGAGGAUGCAACCUGGCUGGGGCGGGGAGGAGGUGCAGGGCCUGACCACCGGCAGGGGACAGCGACAGCCUGGGCCGGGGCAGGUAAGCGCGGCGCAGGCUCGGGCCCGGCGUGUCCGCGGUGCUCGCGAGAGGCCAGCAGAGGGCGCCAGAGAGCCAGGAGCGGCCCGCGAAGGAGCCCGCGCCGGCCCCGAUGCCCAGCUCAGCGCCGCGCGGACGCACCGAGCCCGCGCUCAGACGCCCGCUCCGCCGAGAGGCCGCUCGCGCCGGGUCCUUCCUCUUCCCCAAGUGCAGGUAGAGCCCCCGGAGCCAUGGCCAGCCCUUCCGGCAGCUCCGAAGCCACGGGCAAGCCCCGAGGCAGGGAUGGCCGGCCCAGGAGGGAGGAGGACGAUGUCCCUCCGGAGGAGAAGAGGCUGCGGCUGGGGCUGGAGGGGGGAAGCGCACAGCCCGAGGACGGGGAGGACGCGCCGCGGCCAGGCAGGGAGGAGACCGGCACCCAGACAGGUGGCGACGGCAGAGGAGAUCUACUGUCCCUGCCAUACAGCCUGGUCGAGGAUCAGGACUACAAGUCUGAAAAUUCAACCCUCCUCCCCGGUGCCAAGAACAGUCUGCAAGACUCCGUUUCGGCAAGUCAGGCUACAGGCAAAGCUGAGGAAACUGGUCAAAGAACUCAUGCAAGUGGAACUUACAGCUUCCUUGAUCGGACUCAGCAUUCAGAUAUCAAAGCAGACUGCAAUACCUGCGUGGAAAUAGAAGACAGAAAGGUUUCAAGACAACAGAUGAAUUGUGAAAGAGAGCAGCUAAGGGGUAAUCAGGAAGCAGCCGCUGCCCCUGACACAAUGGCUCAGCCUUACGCUUCGGCCCAGUUUGCUCCCCCGCAAAACGGUAUCCCCGCGGAAUACACGGCCCCUCAUCCCCACCCCGCGCCAGAGUACACAGGCCAGACCACGGUUCCCGAGCACACGUUAAACCUGUACCCUCCCGCCCAGACGCACUCCGAGCAGAGCCCGGCGGACACGAACGCUCAGACCGUCUCCGGCACCGCCACACAGACAGAUGAUGCAGCACCAACGGAUGGCCAGCCCCAGACACAACCUUCUGAAAACACGGAAAACAAGUCUCAGCCCAAGCGGCUGCAUGUCUCCAAUAUCCCCUUCAGGUUCCGGGAUCCGGACCUCAGACAAAUGUUUGGUCAAUUUGGUAAAAUCUUAGAUGUUGAAAUUAUUUUUAAUGAGCGAGGCUCAAAGGGAUUUGGUUUCGUAACUUUCGAAAAUAGUGCCGAUGCGGACAGGGCGAGGGAGAAAUUACACGGCACCGUGGUAGAGGGCCGUAAAAUCGAGGUAAAUAAUGCCACAGCACGUGUAAUGACAAAUAAAAAGACCGUCAACCCUUAUACAAAUGGCUGGAAAUUGAAUCCAGUUGUGGGUGCGGUCUACAGUCCGGAAUUCUAUGCAGGCACGGUCCUGUUGUGCCAGGCCAACCAGGAGGGAUCUUCCAUGUACAGUGCCCCCAGUUCACUUGUAUAUACUUCUGCAAUGCCAGGCUUCCCGUAUCCAGCAGCCACCGCCGCGGCCGCCUACCGAGGGGCGCACCUGCGAGGCCGCGGCCGCACCGUGUACAACACCUUCAGGGCCGCAGCGCCCCCGCCCCCGAUCCCGGCCUAUGGCGGUGUUGUUUACCAGGAUGGAUUUUAUGGUGCAGACAUUUAUGGUGGUUAUGCCGCAUACCGCUACGCCCAGCCUACCCCUGCCACGGCCGCUGCCUACAGUGACAGAAAUCAGUUCGUCUUCGUUGCAGCAGAUGAAAUUUCUUGUAACACCUCUGCAGUUACGGACGAGUUUAUGCUGCCGACCCCUACCACCACGCACUUGCUCCAGCCCCCACCUACGGCGUUGGUGCCAUGGCUAGUAUAUACCGAGGGGGAUACAACCGUUUUGCUCCAUACUAAAUGACAAAACCAUAAAAACCUUCCAAUGUGGGGAGAAAGGAAGCUUUCCGAGGCCUGAGUAUUGCAAUACAUGCAGUAGUACAUCAUUUUAGCAACUCUAAAAAAAAAAAAAAUACAAAUAAAAAGGAAAAAAAUUACAUUUUUUAUCUUAUACCUCAGAUAUUUUGUUCUGUGUAUUUUAAUAUUGUGGGUCUUUAAUUUCUGAAGGUUCCGUAGUUUGGUUGCUGGCUGUAGGAGUUUUUGUGGUUGAUCUAGACAGACGCUAGAUAUGAAUAAAAACUGGUUUAGGGCCAUAUCCAGAGUGCUAUAUUAUGUAAAUGAAUUAUAUAUGCUGAAUAUUAAGCUAACUGGGGUUAUCAGCUGUUUGGGAAGAGUGUGACUACAGUAGUCAUUUUUUUCUGCAUCUGCAUUAUUUUAUUUUGUGAAAGGGGAGGUUGGGAGGGGCUUAGGGGAUUGGAACUGGGGUUUGGCUGAAAGACAAAAAAAUAUAUAACUGAUGAAUCUAAACGACCCACUGCACCAACAAUCAUUUAUCAAUGGUUCUAAGUUACUCAUUGCCAGUUCAAGCCAAAGGUUAUGUUGUUAAGGGGGUGCUUCUAGUAGCACUUGUGCAUCUGAGUUGAAUGAAGCUGUGCAAAAACCCACCCUUUAAACCAUUCCACCCGGCAGUAUUCAGCUUCUUAACCAGUCGCUAUUUAGGGGGAAAAAAAAACCCCGCUAGUUAGGCCAUCAACAAACAUUCUUUUUAUAUUUCUUCCAGUAUAAUAAAUUAUUGAUAUCAUUGCUGACUUUUAUAUUAUGGGAGGGAAAAAAUAACAUUAAUAAAAAGGUGAUAAAAAGCACUGUUUCUAUUUUUUUCUUUUUUUCCAAAAAAAGAAAGUAAUAACUUAAAUUCUUUGUACCAGUUAAAAAAUGUAUAAAAUUUACAUCUGUGCAGUGGAGUUGUUAAGUUCUAGAAACAGUCUAUGAAGCUUUAGUUUUAGCCUAGUAGAACAACUGUUAGAGACAGACGUAUAAUUUUUAUGGAAUUACAUGAUAAUCAUAUUCGGAUUUAUAGAAGCAUUUUACAAGUAUUGCAAUCAUUGAGUAGAGAUAAUCAUGGUAUUUUCAUCAGCUUGGUACUUUUUGAAACGUGACUGCGUUGUGUGAGCAAUCUGCAAUUUUUCAGUCCGUGAGAUCCUGCCCUUCCACCUCUUUCCCAUACCUAAGGAUUAUCUCAAAAUGAUCUCUUUAGUUCUAUCUCCAUGGCCCAGGACACUUGUCAGAAGGAUGCAAAAAACAACAACAACAAAGUAGAUCCAUCCUCUUCAUCCCAAAAGAACAAAGUCUCCCCCCCUUUCUUGGAUGCAGGGCCAGAGUGACACAGCUGAAAAAUUGCAGUUUGUCUGUACUUCUGUUUGAACUUUCCACGUUGUCCUGUUUACAAGUUAACCUAAGUUGGGGUAUCUGUCACGGGUCUUCCUGUUUUUGUAUUUAAAUGAAAACAGCAGCAGGCUGUCCCUGAGUAGUUUUGCUGCGAUAGGUUAAGUCCUCAUGUGUACAGUGCAGGCCCUGUGGCACGCACUUCAGUAAGUUAUCAACUCACCGCUGUGAACCUGCCAAUCCGCUGUAACAACUCUGCUUUAAAACAAAACCAAACAAAACUUAAAAAAAAAAGUGUGAUCCAGCUUUCUCUUGCCAUCCUAUGUGCAUGCCGUAAGAUCAGUUGGAUAUUAAACCAUCAAUAAAGUUUCACAAGAUUUGAAAACAAAGUUUCUGUAGCUUCCAUAUCUAAGACAGAUAGUGAUCUUGAAAAGAGAAAAGGGGGAGGGGGGAGAAGGUUUAUCAGCCAAAAGCAUAUGAAGUGUUCUUUUCACCACACUUCUUUGGGUGGGUGAGGGGAGGGGCAAGGGGGUGUUUUAUAGCAUCACUGAGACAUUCUCAUUCCCCCACCUGGAAAAUAGUGUUAUGGCAAUGGGUGCCUCACUGAUGUUCUUAAAGGAAACGAGUUAUUAAAAUACGAUGGCAUCCUCCGGAAGGAAAGAAAGAGUAGGAGCAGGGGGGCUAUGGAGAAUAAAUUUCUCCCAAUUGCCUCAGAUUUCAAAAUCCAGAAUUUGUAUUGUGUUUCGAAUCACAAACAUAGAAUUCUUACUGUGUUGGUUAAAGUAAAAUUCAUUUGCGGUUUUGAUUUUCAUCAAUGAGCUGUACUUUCCCCCAUGACUGUAUGUAGUUUUAAUAAAAUCAUUUAGAGUAAGUGGGUGCCAACUGAUGUUGCAGAAUCUUUUGUCUAGGCACUCCAAGAUGCCAAUAAGUCAUUUUAAAAAUGUAUGUCAGAAAUGUAAACAAACAUUUUGGAUUUUUUUUAAACAGUAUUUAUUUGGAAUGUUUUCAUUUAUCUAAAUAACUAUUGCUAUUAUGAAUUAUGGAAAAUUACUAUUAUGUGUGGCAUAUAGUGACUUCUUAACACACACAUCACGCAAUCUGCAAACCCAGAAAAUGUGUAUAUCUGUCUUUAGAAAUUAGUGUUUAUAUCACUUACAGUGGUUUGUGAAUAAAGAAAACUGGUUUGUAAUAUCAAAAAAAUAAAAGCUUAGUCUGAAAAGGUA